AUGAGCGGAACCAAAGCUCUCAUAGUAGGAGUCUCAGGAUGUUCCUCGAGUGGGAAAACUACUCUUGCAAGGCUGCUGCGGGACAUUUUCCCACACACUUUUAUUCUUCAUGAGGAUGACUUUUAUAGACCCGAGAAUGAAUUACCAACAAAGAAUGGUCUUCUAGACUGGGACUGUGCUGGGGCACUCGAUAUCCCUGCCAUGGCCGAAUCCCUCGCUUAUAUCCGUCAACACGCUGCCUUUCCUCCCACUCUCGAUUCUAAAGAAGAUAAAAACUCUGUUGGCGAGUGCCCCGUCUCAGAAGCUACAAUCGCUGCUCAGCGCGCCAAGGUCGACGCUGCUCUAGGACCAGACCAUCCUCUCCGCAACAACCUUCGUCUAUGUCUCCUCGACGGCUUUCUUCUCUACUCACCCUCCAUGGCUGCUAUAAAGCCCAACUUAGAUAUCAAGCUCUUCUUGAGAACAACAUAUGAAAAGGCCAAGGCGAGAAGAGAGGCUAGAGAUGGAUACGUUACUCUCGAAGGCUUCUGGGCGGAUCCCCCGGGUUACGUUGACAAGAUUGUCUGGCCUAACUACGUGGAGGAGCAUGCUUGGAUGUUUGAGGAUGGUGAUGUAGAGGGAAAGUUUAAGGACAAUGUUUUGGAAAAGGAGGAUAUUAAGGUGCAGAGUGAUGUGAGUGCUGAUGGGAAUAUUGAAAAGACAUUUGAAUGGACAGUGGACACCAUCUUAGACGAACUAAGAAAGCAAUGUUAA